UUACAAUUCUCUUCUGCUUCUUUUUUAUUAUUAUUACAAAAAUGACCCGUCACUCUAGCAAAGAAGUUGUUGAAUUAGAAUCUACUUAUGGUGCUCACAACUACCAUCCCCUCCCUGUUGUUUUUUCUGAAGCUAAAGGUAUUUGGGUCUGGGAUCCUGAAGGUAACAAGUACAUGGACUUCUUGUCUGCCUAUUCUGCUGUCAAUCAAGGCCAUUGCCACCCUAAAAUUGUCAAGGCUCUUUGUGAUCAAGCUUCUAAAUUGACCUUGUCAUCCAGAGCUUUUUACAAUGACGUCUAUGGUACCUAUACAAAAUACAUGCAUGAUUAUUUUGGUUAUGACAUGGUCUUGCCCAUGAACACGGGUGCUGAAGCUGUUGAGACUGCUAUCAAGAUGGCUCGUAAGUGGGGUUAUGUAAAGAAGGGUAUUCCUGAAAAUGAAGCCAUCGUGUUGUCUUGUGAAAACAACUUCCAUGGUCGUACAACAGGUGUCAUUUCAAUGAGCACUGAUCCUGAAUCUUAUGGCGGUUUUGGUCCUUAUUUGCCCUUGGUGGGUCCCAAUGUUCCUCAAGCUAAUACUUUGAUUCGUUACAAUAACCUUGAGGAUCUUGAAAAGGUGUUGGAUACAGUUGGUAAGCAUGUUGCUGGCUUUUUGGUUGAACCUAUUCAAGGUGAAGCUGGUAUUAUGGUUCCUGAUGAAGGUUACUUGAAAAAGGCCUAUGAUCUCUGUAAGAAGCACAACGUCCUCUUCAUUGCAGAUGAAAUCCAGACAGGUCUCGGUCGUACCGGUAAAAUGCUCUGUGUCGAUCAUGAUCAAGUCCGCCCUGAUAUUGUUCUCCUUGGUAAGGCUCUUUCAGGAGGUGUAUAUCCGGUUUCUGCCGCUUUAGCUGAUCGUGACAUCAUGUUAUGUAUCAAGCCAGGAGAGCACGGCUCUACUUACGGUGGUAAUCCUCUUGGUUGUGCCGCUGCCAUUGCUGCUUUAGAAGUCAUCAAAGAAGAAAACUUGGUUGAGAAUUCUGAGAGAUUAGGCCAAAAGUUCAGAGAGGCCCUUGUCAAUUUGAACUCUCCUAUUGUAAAGACAGUGCGUGGUCGAGGUUUAUUGAACGCUAUUGUGAUUGAUGAAUCCAAGUCAGAAAGAAGUGCAUGGGAACUUUGCUUGUUACUCAAGUCUCGUGGCUUAUUGGCUAAACCUACACACGUCAAUAUUAUUCGUUUAGCCCCUCCUCUCUGUAUUACUGAAGAAGAAUUAAUGCAAGGUGUUGACAUCAUUGCUGGUGCUUUAAGAGAUAUUGUUAAUAUGAAGAAGGAAGACAUUCCAGGCGAAUUUGAGCAUUAACUACUAUAUAAUUAAUAUAAAAACAUGUAAACAAGAUAAAGUUUA